AACUGCUCUACUGUGUUCAUCUGGUAACUAAGUGUCUAUACAGGGACCAGCACCUCUCCCUGCGCUGGAAGCUGGAGCAGGGAGAAGCAUUCCCACCGGGCAGCCAGCACAUGAGCCAGGCUGGCAAGAAGGGCCCUCUCCAGCCAUUGCAUCUCUCUGAGGGUGAGGAGCCCAGCUGCCCGGGUCACCCCCUCAUGCCAGGAGGCACCGGGUGAGGGCAGGGGGGGAGCUGUGCACGGGGAUGUGUCUGCACCCCCCAACCUUGGCUGCCACUUUGGAUUUUGACGCUCACCCCUGUGAUUUCCUAGGAUGGCCCGGUUUGGAGAUGACCUGCCCACCCGCUAUGGGACGGGAGUGCCAGCGGGAGCUGGCAGGGGCAGCAGCCGGCAAGGUGGCCCCCAGCCCGGCCAGAGGAUGUACAAGCAGUCCAUGGCACAGAGGGCGAGGACCAUGGCUCUCUAUAACCCCAUCCCCGUCAAGCAGAACUGCUUCACCGUCAACAGAUCCCUCUUCAUCUUCAGUGAGGACAAUGCCAUCCGCAAAUAUGCCAAAAGGAUCACUGAGUGGCCUCCAUUUGAAUAUAUGAUUUUAGCCACAAUCAUUGCCAACUGCAUCGUUUUGGCUCUGGAACAGCACUUGCCGGAACAUGACAAGACCGAUAUGUCUGAGAGGCUGGACGAUACGGAACCAUACUUCAUUGGCAUCUUCUGCUUUGAGGCUGGCAUAAAGAUCAUAGCCCUGGGCUUUGUAUUUCACAAGGGCUCGUACCUCCGGAACGGCUGGAAUGUCAUGGAUUUCGUGGUUGUGCUGACAGGGAUCCUGGCGACAGCUGGGACAGAUUUUGACCUGCGGACGUUGAGAGCGGUUAGGGUCUUGCGACCCCUGAAACUGGUUUCGGGGAUCCCCAGUCUGCAGGUGGUGCUGAAGUCCAUCAUGAAGGCGAUGGUUCCGCUACUACAGAUCGGAUUACUCCUGUUCUUCGCCAUCGUCAUGUUUGCCAUUAUCGGGCUGGAGUUUUAUAUGGGGAAGUUCCACAAAACCUGCUUCUCUAACGAAACCGGUGAACCUAUCGCUGAUUACCCAUGUGGGGAGCUACCGGCCCGGACCUGUGAUAACGAGACGUCAACGUGUCGGCUUUAUUGGAAAGGACCAAAUUUUGGCAUCACUAACUUUGACAACAUCCUGUUUGCGGUGCUGACGGUGUUUCAGUGUAUCACCAUGGAGGGCUGGACGGACAUCCUGUACAACACGAAUGACGCCGUGGGAGCGAUGUGGAACUGGCUGUAUUUCAUUCCUCUUAUCAUCGUCGGCUCCUUCUUCAUGCUGAACCUGGUCCUGGGUGUCCUGUCAGGGGAGUUUGCCAAAGAGCGUGAGCGGGUGGAGAACCGCCGUGCCUUCCUCAAACUGAGACGACAGCAGCAAAUUGAGCGCGAGCUCAACGGGUAUCUUGAGUGGAUCUUUAAAGCAGAGGAAGUUAUGCUGGCAGAAGAAGACAAAAAUGCGGAGGAAAAGUCGCCCUUAGACGUGCUGAAAAGAGCCACCAUUAAGAAGAGUAAGAAUGACCUCAUACACGCCGAGGAGGGGGAGGACCACUUCACCGACAUCUGCUCCGUGGGAUCCCCCUUUGCCCGCUCGAGCCUGAAGGGUGGAAAGAAUGAAAGCUCGUCCUACCUCCGCCGCAAAGAGAAGAUGUUCCGGUUCUUCAUCCGCCGCAUGGUGAAAGCGCAGAGUUUCUAUUGGUUCGUUCUGUGCGUGGUGGCGCUGAACACACUCUGUGUCGCCAUUGUACACUACAACCAGCCGGCGUGGCUCACCAGAGCCCUGUAUUUUGCAGAGUUUGUGUUCCUGGGACUGUUUCUGACGGAAAUGUCCAUGAAGAUGUACGGGCUGGGGCCUCGCAACUAUUUCCACUCCUCCUUCAAUUGCUUUGACUUUGGGGUAAUAGUGGGAAGUAUAUUUGAGGUGAUCUGGGCAGCGGUGAAACCUGGGACAUCGUUUGGGAUCAGCGUCCUCCGAGCUCUGCGACUUCUCCGUAUCUUUAAGGUCACAAAGUACUGGAACUCGCUGCGGAAUCUGGUGGUCUCGCUGUUGAACUCCAUGAAGUCUAUCGUCAGCCUCCUCUUCCUCCUCUUCCUCUUCAUCGUGGUGUUUGCUCUCCUGGGGAUGCAGCUCUUUGGGGGACAGUUUUACUUUGAAGAAGAGACACGAAAUACAAAUUUCGACACUUUCCCUACAGCCAUCUUAACAGUGUUCCAGAUCCUGACAGGAGAGGACUGGAACAACGUCAUGUACUUCGGCAUUGAGUCACAAGGGGGCGUCAGCAAAGGGAUGUACUCCUGCAUUUAUUUCAUUAUCCUGACGUUGUUCGGAAACUAUACGCUGCUGAAUGUAUUCUUAGCCAUUGCUGUGGACAAUCUGGCGAAUGCGCAAGAACUGACCAAGGAUGAGGAGGAGAUGGAGGAGGCGACCAAUCAGAAGUUGGCGCUGCAGAAAGCCAAGGAGGUGGCGGAAGUCAGUCCCAUGUCGGCUGCGAAUCUUUCAAUCACAGCUUUUGUAAAGCAAACUCAAGGUGCAAUAUGUCGCAGCCCGUCUGUCUCCAACCUUAAUUCACCACAGCAAAACUCAACCAAAUGUCGGUCAGUGUGGGAGCAACGUACCAGCCAGAUCCGCAUGCACAAUUUCCGCGCCAGCUGUGAAGCCCUCUAUAGUGAGCUGGAACCCGAGGAUCGACUACGAUAUGCAACCACGCUGCGUCUCAGGCCCGACAUGAAGAGUCACAUGGAUCGACCAUUGUUGGUGGACUCCCAGGACUCUACUGAGACAAAAGAUGGCAGCCCAGACCCACUACCUCCAAAUGAAACAGAACCAGGUCCUGAGGUAACUACGGAAACAGCACCACGAAAACACCGGCAUAGAGAGGGUGGAGCUGGCGAAACCAAUGGUGGCAGCCGGGAGAAUGGUAAUCACAAUGGCGACUCUGGCAGCAAUGACAGAGAAGAACGUCAUCGCCAGCACAGAAGUCGUAGUAAAGAAGGGGAAGGUGGAAAAGAAGGAGGAAGAGGAGAACGGAACCGGAGUCAAGAAAGGGGGAAGAGGCACCAUCGAAGGGCUUCUCCUGAAGAGGGGGCAGAAAGGGAGCACCGACGACACCGCACACACCGCCAUUCGGCCGAGAGGCAAGGCAAAGAAGGCAACGGCCAACCGCCUUCUGGUGGGAAAGGUGAGAGGAAGUCUCGGCACCGUGGAGGUGGAUCGAGGUCUGGCAACAGAGACGGCGGCGACGGCACGACUCGAGGAGUGGGAGAAAAUGGGGAGGAGCUCCCACGGUCAAGACACCGGAACAGGCACAAAGCACUUUCCACAUAUGAUGCAGAGGACAAGAAGGAAAACAAAGAGGUAGAGCCGGGAGAGAGGGAACAUCGCAAUCACAGGCUGAGGGAUCACCACAAUGAGGCCGAGGUUCCCGUCAGCGGGCUGCAGCAGUUGCCGGAGCAGUCGGAAGACGCCGAUAACCAGAAGAACGUGAACAGGAUGGCCCAACCUCAUCCAGACCGCUCCAGCACAGUCAAUAUACCGGUGACCAUCACUGGGCCGCCGGGAGAGACUGCCGUCAUACCAAUAAACAACGUGGAGUUCGAUGUCAAAUCUGAGGAAAAAAAGGAGAUGGAGGCGGAUGACCAGACCAAAAAUGGACCAAAGCAGAUCCUGCCUUACAGCUCCAUGUUCGUUUUCAGUUCCACCAACCCAGUCCGUCGUCUGUGUCACUACAUCGUCAACCUACGGUACUUCGAGAUGGUCAUCCUGGUGGUAAUCGCAUUGAGCAGCAUUGCGCUGGCGGCAGAAGACCCCGUGCAGGCGGACGCACCUCAUAAUGAUGUGCUGAAAUAUAUGGAUUACAUCUUCACCGGGGUUUUCACCUUCGAGAUGGUGAUAAAGAUGAUUGACCUGGGGCUGCUCCUACAUUCCGGCGCCUAUUUCCGGGAUCUGUGGAACAUUCUGGAUUUCAUCGUGGUCAGCGGGGCGCUGGUGGCGUUCGCCUUCUCAGGGAACAAAGGAAAAGAUCUGAACACCAUUAAGUCUCUGCGGGUUCUACGGGUCCUGCGGCCCUUGAAGACCAUCAAGCGACUGCCCAAGUUAAAGGCGGUGUUUGACUGUGUGGUGAACUCUUUGAAGAACGUGUUGAACAUUCUCAUCGUUUACAUGCUCUUCAUGUUCAUCUUCGCUGUCAUCGCGGUCCAACUCUUCAAGGGCAAGUUCUUUUACUGCACGGAUGAGUCCAAGGACCUAGAGAAAGACUGCAGGGGAGAGUACUUAAACUACGAAAAUGAUGACGUGCGGGCUCAAGCAAGGCAGUGGAGGAAGUAUGAGUUCCACUACGACAACGUCCUCUGGGCUUUGCUGACUCUGUUUACUGUCUCCACUGGAGAAGGGUGGCCCAAUGUCCUCAAGCACUCUGUGGAUGCCACCUAUGAAGACCAAGGUCCCACGCCUGGCUUCCGGAUGGAGAUGUCCAUUUUUUACGUGGUCUACUUUGUGGUCUUCCCUUUCUUCUUUGUCAACAUCUUUGUGGCUCUGAUCAUCAUCACGUUCCAAGAGCAAGGUGACAAAGUCAUGUCGGAGUGCAGUCUGGAGAAGAAUGAGAGGGCCUGCAUUGACUUUGUCAUUAGUGCCAAGCCCCUAACACGGUACAUGCCUCAAAAUCGCCAGUCGUUUCAGUACAAGAUGUGGCGGUUCGUGGUGUCCCCUCCGUUUGAGUACUUCAUCAUGGUAAUGAUCGCUCUCAACACUAUAGUGCUGAUGAUGAAGUUCUACGGAGCAUCCAGUACGUAUGAGGAGAUGCUGAAAUGUCUAAACAUCAUCUUCACAUCGAUGUUCUCACUGGAGUGUAUCCUGAAAAUCAUCGCUUUCGGUGUUCUGAACUAUUUGCGGGACGCCUGGAAUGUGUUCGAUUUUAUCACGGUCUUGGGAAGUAUUACUGAUAUUUUACUGACAGAGAUAGCGGAAAACUUCAUCAACUUGAGCUUUUUGCGACUUUUCCGAGCGGCUCGGCUGAUUAAACUCCUGCGUCAGGGCUACACCAUCCGCAUCCUUCUCUGGACCUUUGUGCAGUCAUUCAAGGCUCUCCCAUACGUCUGCCUUCUGAUCGCCAUGCUGUUCUUCAUCUACGCCAUUAUCGGCAUGCAGGUGUUUGGGAACAUUGGAUUGGUAGACGACAGCGCCAUCAACAGACACAAUAACUUUCGCACUUUUUUCCAAGCCCUGAUGCUCCUGUUUAGGAGCGCCACCGGGGAAGGCUGGCACGAAAUCAUGCUCGCCUGUCUCAGCCACAGACCAUGUGACCCGCGCUCCGGCAACUCCAGAGAUGAAUGCGGCAGCGACUUUGCUUAUUUCUACUUUGUCUCAUUUAUCUUCCUGUGCUCGUUCCUGAUGCUGAAUCUCUUCGUGGCAGUCAUCAUGGAUAACUUUGAGUACCUGACGCGAGACUCUUCCAUCUUGGGGCCUCAUCACCUGGAUGAAUUCAUCCGCGUCUGGGCAGAGUAUGACCCGGCUGCCUGCGGGCGCAUUGGUUACACUGACAUGUACGAGAUGCUACGACACAUGCCCCCUCCCCUUGGCCUGGGGAAGAAAUGCCCUGCACGUGUGGCAUAUAAGCGUCUUGUUAGGAUGAAUAUGCCCAUCUCCGAUACGGACCUCACCGUACACUUCACAUCAACUUUGAUGGCAUUAAUCCGGACUGCGCUGGACAUUAAACUGUCUUCAGGGGGAAUAAAACAACAUGAAAGUGACGCUGAGCUCCGAAAGGAAAUAUCAUCCGUCUGGCCCAACCUCUCGCAGAAAACCCUGGAUUUGCUCGUACCUCCUCAUAAACCGGAUGAAAUGACUGUCGGGAAAGUCUACGCGGCUCUCAUGAUUUUCGACUUUUACAAGCAGAAUAAAGGCAACCGGGACCAGUCCCACCAGCAGCCGGGGGUCCUCUCUCAGACUGGAACAGUCUCCCUCUUCCAACCGCUGAAAGCGACUCUGGAACAGAAUCUUCCCGCCCCGUUGGGCAACACCAAGAUGUUCCUGCGGCAGAAGAGCUCGGCGUCGCUGAAUAACGGCGGCGUGGUGCCCAACCAGGACACAGGAAUACGGGAGUCAAGUUCGUGGGGGACGCAGCCAGCUCCGGACCCCUUCUCCACCCCUCGGAGUACUGCAUUCCAGAGAGGUCACUCAGAGGAAAUACAUGCCCCAUGGCAGGCCAAACAGUCCGUGGAGAUGAAGGAAAUUGGGCAAAACUUGUCUAACGGCGGAGACCAUCCCACAGCGCUGGAGAACCAGGGCCGAGCGAUGUCCAUGCCACGUCUCGCCGCGGACGCUCAUCCAAUCACGGACAGCAGUCCCAUGAAGCGCUCUGUCUCCACGCUGACCCCUCCGCAGCGGCCUCAGCUGUACGAAUACUCGCUGGAGAAGGUGCCUCACGAGCGCAGCCACCAGCACCACCACCGAUGUCACCGGCGCAAGGAGAGGAAGCAGAAGUCCAUCGACAGGGCUCCGCAGAGCGAGGACACGGUAGAGGCCGCACCCCGAGAGAGGAGGCAAGAGAGAGGAAGGUCCCAAGAACGCAAGCAGCAGCAUCCAUCCUCAUCGGACAAACAGCGCUUCUACUCGUGUGACCGAUACGGCAGCCGUGACUCAGGCCACCCACGCCCUUCUGACCACAGCCGAGCGGCGUCACCCAGUUCUGCGCAGGAGCAUACAACCCAUAGACAGGGCAGUGGUUCGGGCAACGGGAGUCCACGUCUGACCAGCUCCGGUGCUAGCACCCCAUGCCGGGUCAUCCGGAGACAACUCCCCCAAACUCCUCUCACUCCUCGGCCCAGUGUUACCUACCGGACAGCUCACUCCUCCCCUGUGCACUUUGGGGGGCCCACUUACUCUCCUGGGCGGCUGAGCCGGGGCUUAUCAGAGCACAACACCUUGCUAUACAGCGAAUCUCCGAGCCCCUCAGCCUGCACAGUCACACGCAUUGGUUCUGACCCAUAUCUAGGGCCACGCCAAGAUGCAGACCGGUACUGCCCUCUCCCUGAGGACACAUUAACCUUUGAAGAGGCCAUGGCCAGCAACUCUGGACGUUCCUCUCGAACUUCCUAUGUGUCAUCCCUCACCUCCCAUUCCCACCAGCUCUGCAGGGUUCCAAAUGGCUACCAUUACACCUUAGGGCUCAACACUGGGCCUGGCACAGCUCCCCGAGUGCGAAGUUACUACCACGAAGCAGACGAGGAUGACUGGUGCUAGCACAGGGAAACAAAACAUGUUCCCACUCCCACCCCUACUUCAAUGGGAAGCUGAAGCAAGGCAAGCAUGGGGGCUGGAGAGGGGGCACUUGUUUGCGUUACUACUGAUGAGUUUUAUCAUCAGCUGGCAGAUCGCCGUGACAACAGAGCAUGUUACGGGAGAUCAGAGGCGGCCAUCUUGGGAGAAAUCGGAAAACAUGGCUGAACAGGAGCGGAUUUAAGGGAGAAGCAAGGAAUGAGCAGAGCAGCCGGACCGGGGCUCCGAUAAAACCGGUUCUGGCAUUGCGAUUUUGAGUCUUCCUUUAUGGGGAGUGUUAAGAUGAAUAUUUUAUAGUAAUCGGAAUACCAGAAGUAUGAGGGACGUUGGAAAGACGGAGGUUGGACAGAAAAGAGAGCAGCAAGAUUAAGAACACAAAAUAUUGAGGUUGUUUUCUUUUAUUAUUAUUUCUUUAGAUGUAAAGGAUACAAGGGAUUGAUUGUGCAGCCCUUCACCUGCCUAUGUCAUCCUUCACAAUUUCACCGGACGCUACUGACCACUCAGCAUCUCACCCAUUCUCCAUAGGUCAGCUCUUUGGAGGACAGGAGCUGCUGGGAACCGCCGACUGACAUGGACAGCCAUGAUCCAGUACCGUGUGCGGCUUUAUACCUUUACUUGCUCUCACGAUAGAUUCUUUUUUUGUUUUGUAAGAGAGUUGGUUAUUUCAAGCAUGACAUGUUGUUUGUUGGCACGAUGACCACACUAGAUGACGCUGGUUCGGUGGCUUGAUACAUCUAAGGAGGACCCUUCUAGGUCCAAGACGUGCCCUGUGUCUACCAGGUGACCGUAGAAUUUAUUUCGGAGCGGCAGGUGCCACACUGCUCGAAGACCGGAGUCAUGAUAACCCUUUGAGACGUUUGUGUUGUGUGUAUGUGUGCGCGCUACUAAUGUGCGAUGUAAGUUCUCAGUGCAGGAGGUUCAUCCAGUGCAUCCAACGUAGAGGCAAGGGGAGUCCUCUCGGCACAUAUCUGUUCUCUGUCCUAAAACUUACCAACAAGCCUUUCCUUUCCUCGGCAUAGCCUAAACUUUGGCAAUGCACAGGUCUGAGCAUGCGUGUCAUUGGUUCGUGUGUUCUUUACACAACGCAGUUGCACUAAUGUGUUUUUUUUUUUCUAGUGGUUUCCAUUUUAAUUGUAUUUAAAGCUCGUACGGGGAACCUCCUCCAUUGCAAAUUGAAGGACGCUCAUUCCCAAAGUCUUCGUAUCAGUCUGUCACACGUCUAGGCUUGUGGUCAUGUUUUGCACUGAGCAAUCCUGAAGACGGGAUGUCACAUAGCAGUCUAUAUUUUCCUUCUCCUUUAUUCCUCUAUGGUAACCAGUGCUACAGAUGAUUGUAUGACCGACCCUCGGAGCAGCGCAGCUGUAGGUUUGCUUAGGCUGGGCAUUUUUAUCCUGGUCUCCUGUGCCAUACAAUCGUAGAGGCGAAACGUUCUCUGCCCCGGUGCCAAACGCUUUGAAGUCUCCUUAGAGCUGCAGUCGACACUGUGCCAACCUUGUCAUGCCCGCUGUACCACAAUCAUGACGUUCCGCAAUGCUUAAGCUGUAUAUCUGUCCUAUGGCAAUAAGGCACUCCAUGACUUGGGACGGAUAAGAUUCUGUUAGUUCUGUGUGGCCUUCACAUUCAUAUGUAGCAUAUAACCCAGAUGGCAAGCACAACAUGGUAGAGGUUUAUGGUGGGCGCGAUACUGAGAACCAUUGUAUCUAUUCUGUGCAUAUUAUAUUACAAUAUUAAUCUAUUUUAAGGGCAAAGCUGAUUUUCCAAAGACAUUGUCAGGCAACGCGUGAAAAGCAGCGGUAGAGAUUAUAAUAUAUCACAUCUAUUCCUACAGGAAUAACUAAAGGGGCAUCUUCAGCCACUUAAUUUCUUUGUCUGGCCAGAAACUGAUGUCCGAUAGUUAGAUAUAGGGUAGAUAAAUCGGAUCAACCCAUCUAGUACCUGUUCCAUAUAUUUUUGCAGUAGUAAGUCACUUGUUGCACCUGCGGAUAAGUUGUAGUAACGUCAUUGGCACCUGGUGAGGUUUUUAUUAUUAAAAGUUACAAAAAAGGGUAUUACACAACUCUCUGUCUAGCACAAUACACUACGAAGUCAGACAUUUGGGGAGUGGUGUGUUACCACGUACAGGACCAUCACCAUUAACAUACGCCACUUUCAAAGUUGGCGCCUGGCGUGUUGCCGUAGUUCAUUUCAUUGCUAAGUGCCUACAUUUUACUGAUAAUGGUCUGAUGAAAGAGCCACGUCAUCGAUAUACCUGUUUGUUUCUCAUGUUAAAUCACCUUCUUCCGCUCCCUGUACUAGAACGCACCGUCUGAAAGCUAUGAGUGUUAUGUUUAAAAAAGGACCUUUAAAGGUAUAUUCUCUCAUGAUAAAUGCAUCCUUCUCAUUACACGAAAACAAAACCAGUCCGCCCAGCGUGAAGUCAGCUAGCACCCAGGUAUUAAGAUAUACACGGUGAACCAUGCAUGCCAAAUACCGGACACCUCCUGGUGCAAUUGGCACAUGACACACCCACUUCUAUGUUAAUGACGGCCUGGACUGCUAUGUUAAUGUAGAUACAUUUUUUUAGUACAAUUUUUAAUUCUGAGAUAACAGAGUUGGUUAACUGUUACAUAAAGUCUUAAUUCGUGACACUGCUUUCACUGUUUACGCGCUUAUUUUUAUACCGUUUUGGGGCAGUUUAACCAACUUCCAUCUCUUUAUGUGGUGCAGCCGUCAGCGCUGGUCGGUUUUCUAAACACUAAACACGUCAUUUGUGCCCAAAAAGACGGCGGGGUCACAGAACCACAUUAUCCGUCAUAUCAUACGUCAUCGAUGUAUCAGCACUGCACAGACGCAGUCACGUCAGAUAAGAGCACCCCAUUUCAUUAUCACCAUAACUGCAUGUCUAUAAUCACUCAUCUAACCGGAAAGGGCUUAUGGCUUAUUUGCGUACAAGCUGUAUAAAAAUACGGGAUUAUUUUGCAGCGUUUGAAUUUAAGAUGAAGGGUUUAAUUUGUAUUAUAAAGAAGAGGGUACAUGUGUAUAAUAGGUUCCUGCUCUCUCCUGCCUAUGUAAGCCCCUAUUUAUACAUCAGAAUUUCUACUAGGAUUACACGUUGUUGGAGCACCGAGUAAUUGCAUCAGAUUCAAUUUUAUAGACACAGUGGAUAAAUGGGGUCAAACGGAACCAGUCCGCAGUUACCUACAGGCCUAGACGCUGUAGGUGUAGAUACUGUAUCUACCACCCAAGCAUCCAACGCGCCCUUUAUUAGAUGGCGUCUGCGGAUGCAGAAAGGACCGUAUUCGCCCACAGGUUAAUGCAAGGCGUCGGUAGACGCCGAAAAAUUCACCUUGCAUCCAAGGCUGUGUCUCUCAGUCUCUCUCAUUUGAAGGCUUAUGGAUAAAUGCGACCAAAUCUUUUCUAUUUUUAUCCCCCCCUCCCCUAACACCAAGAACAAUAAAAACAAAAACAGGCACAAAUUUCACAUAAGAAAACAAAAAAUGUCAAAAAAAAAUAUGCUAUUUACAAAAAAAAUAUAUGAACAAAAAAAAACAUUUUGCGCUUGCAGCAUGGAAAUUGUCAUUUACCCCAACGAGGAAUUGGGACAUGUUUUAUAUGCUGGAUUACGCCCCCCUUCCCCCAUCCAUACACCUCCGCCUGGCUCUCCCGCUCACUGUGGGCUGUAAGGAUGGGAUUGCAGGGGUGCGAGCGAGCCAUUGAGCACGAUGGGGGCACGUGAAGCUCCUGUUUUAGACUACGACCUGCGCUACUGGGUAGGUGAGCGGGUGUGAGGGCACCCCUGGUCCUGCAGAAGUUGUGCAAACCAGAGAUUGAUCACAGAUACCGCAGGUGGUUCACCCGUAGAAGGGAGCAGUUAUACAUUACAAUGCAUGCACUUUAGUAAAGUCCAUCUGUCGUAGAAGGACCCGCUCUUCAUUAUCCGACCCUCUGGCACUGGACUGAUUGACAUAUUUGGGGUGAUGUAUGCUUUAUGCUAUGCACAGCUAUUUUUUAAAUUGCCGGCAUAUUUCACCUACUUUCCUUCUUUACCUUUGCAUCCAAAAAUUUAAGUACUUUGAGCUUAACGGAGGUCUUUCACUUUUUGAGUUUUCCAAAAGUUGGCAACUUUUUAUAAAUAUUUUUUUUUGUAGCACAUUGACAAGUUCUAUCGAAAAAUGGACCACCCGGUGAGCCGCAGGUAUACUGAAGUCAUGGGGAUUGUUUGCAAAAUUAGGAAUCCUGGAUUUCCUGUUGUUUGGCUAGUACACCAUUCCAUGUUUCAGAGGACCGUGCAUCUGAGCUGCAGCCCAAGUCAGUCUCAAACAUAUUUUAUUGAAUGUAUGUUUUCCGGGCUGCUUUGCUGUACAGUUCUCAGAAACUCCCACCACUGCCGUAACUGUGAAAACCAGUCCUGAAAUAUAGGUCCGAGCUGGGCUAACGUGUGUCUCAUCAGUUGUAGAACAAGUCCCAGUGGUAGGACAGGCUGGGGUUUGUAGUUCCACAACAGCUGGCGAUCAGCAGGAUAUCCUAACAUAGGACAUAAGGAGUCUAUCUGUUUUCGUUUUUUGCAGAACUUCUAGUUUUCUCUAGACGGGAAUGGCAAAUACCAGUUUGCAAUGAUUGUGAUUGCCCCUCAGGCAGAGGCAACUAAUUUGUAGGGGUAGAAAGUAGCAUUGAGAGCAGCGUUAAUCCCCAGAAGUGGCCGGUGUUGUCUGUAUGUGUGGCUGGAACGGCGGAAGUGUUACACAACGCAGCGCAUUAUUGGCUCUCCUUGUCAGCUGUUGCAACUUAAAAUCCUCCACUUAAUUGUUUGCAUCCCAAACCAGACCGAACUGCCCGUUCCUCGCAUAAUUAAUGUUUGCAUGUAAAACUAUAUACAUAUGAAAUUAUAAAAAGUAAAAAAAAAAAUAUGUAAAAAAACCAGAGAAAAAAACAUUACUUGCAUGAAAAAUGCUGAACAUCUCUUCGUACUCUUUUGAUACGAUGUAAUCAUCUGUUGGUUAUUUUUAUUUAUAUUUGAUAAUUGGGGGUUUGAUGCAAAACUUUCUAUGAAAAAAAAUAAAAAAAAAUGUUUUGAAAAUUAGACACAAUUUUUUUCCCUUGAACACACUGAAACAUUGAGCGGUCUGCGUCUGAAUAUUACCGCCCGGCGCAGACACUGGAUUGUGCGACUGAUUCUACAAUGACCAGUUUUGUAAGAAGCAAGAGGUCCUUGAAUUAAAAUAAAACUUGGCAAAUAAA